AUGCCCAGUAGACCUUUAGCACGCAAGUCCCUUUGCCUUGUUGUUGUGUCUUGCGUUCUGACCUGCCAGUUAGAGGUCGCUCCCUCCGCAUGGGCAGGACCAACUCCAAGUAUCUCUUCAAGCUCUGGGCUUGCUGGGCUUGCGCGAAGGCCCGCACUGCAGCUCUUGUGGGGGCUGGUCCUUGAGCCGCCGGCGCAUGCGGAGGACUCGCCCAAGAGAUUGGCAGCCGUCGAGUCCUUCCCUCCGUUUACAUCCCUUGUCCCAGUGUUUGGAGUCUUUGGUCUGGCGCAAUCUGCGGCGCAGGCUUCUUCCACAGACGAGCUGGCAACGAUGCGGCAACGGUUUGGACAGCUUUCGGACACCGACUUGGAUGCAUAUCGGUUUGCAUGCACUCAGUAUAUUGCAAACAUCAGGUAUGCGGAUCCAGAUGACAAGGUCAUAUCCUUUGACAAAGCUGCCCGCUUCAAAGCAUGUGAUGACGCCAUGGCAGCAGUGGGUCGUGCACGAGAGGUCCUGGCCAAGUCCACAGCAGACAAGACAUCUUUCCAGAAAGAGGUUUCUUCAAUUGGCGUCAACCUCGCCAGCUUCUUUGCCUUGAUCCCAAAGGAAGACUUCAAGAAGGCAGAGGCCCUGUCACAGAAGAUGCGAUUGCUGGAUGCGGACAAGGACUCCCGUUUGUCCGAUGAAGAGGCCAAGAUGGUUAGAAGUGGUGCUCAACCUUUGCCGCAAGAGGACUUGGAUGUGAUCACAGCCCUCAGGAAAGUUGGCUUUGGCAAUUUGCUCAUACCUUGA